AUGGCAUCCCUCAAGCUAUUAAUCAUAAACGCCCUCAAAUCGCUCUCGCGAGGCAGAUCCUUCUUGCAAGCUUUACUUGCCCUUUGGAUCAGCCCCAAGUCCAACCCCAACAAACUCAAAAAGAUCAAAGUAUUUCGAAGGACCAGGGAGGAGUUUCUUAAAGAGGCCAAGAAGCUCCUUCUCGGACCGAUCGGCAGCAAUCACUUUAUAACAAACAGCGGCCCAAUCCCAAACGACCCUCUUUUGUUACUCUCCAAGAAGCUCAAGGCACAAUUCGAAAAAGGUUUACAGACCAACCCAGCAUGUAUGCUUCCCUCUUACAACCACCAACUGCCUGGCGGACAUGAAAGUGGCCAGUAUCUGGCGGUCGACAUUGGUGGCUCGACACUUCGCGUGGGUGUGGUGGACCUGAAGGGCCGACAGACCACAGAUGAUGACGACAGCAACAUUGUCCAUAUGGACAGCUACAAAAUAGACAGGAACGUCCGACUGCUUCGGGGGGCAUUUUUCUUCAAAUGGAUGGCUCGGAAAAUAGAGACAAGCUUGAAGAAGGCAAUUGACGCUGGGCACAUUUCGAAAGCGGAAUAUGAGGUGGGAGAUCCAAUGCCAAUGGGAUUGGCCUGGAGCUUCCCUCUAGAGCAAACAUCACCCAACGGAGGAAACAUCUGCCCCAUGGGCAAGUCUUUUCUUGCAUGCGACGGACUGAUUGGACAGGACCUUGGCGCCACCUGCAACAAGAUUCUCCAAGAACUCCGAGUAAACGUCGAGGUUGUCUCGAUAGUCAACGAUUCCAACGCCACUUUGCUUUCGUCGGCAUACUCCAGCCCAUCGGCACGCUUCGGACUGAUUCUUGGAACUGGCGUCAACAUUGCUGCCCACCUCCCGGUAAAUCUCAUUGGAAAAUCCAAGUUUGGGGAACGACCCGACAGCUGGUAUGAGCAAGCGAGCCAUGUCAUGGUCAACACCGAGUUGGGCAUGUUUGGCCGUGACAUUUUGCCCCUGACGCGAUGGGACAAGAUACUCAAAGCCGGUCACGAAAGGCCCGACUUCCAGCCGCUUGAGCAUCUGGUCAGUGGGUACUACCUCGGUGAGGUGUUCCGGAUUGUCUUGUUGGAGGCGAUCAAGACGACGGGUCUGUUGGGAGGAAAGAUUUCACCGCUGUUGUUGGAUGCGUAUUCUAUGGAUACUGGGACCAUGUCACUAAUCAUUAAUGGACGAGAUGCCAGAGGAAGAGCCGAAGCAGUCUUUUCACAGCUCUACCACCUACCAGCCGGUUAUCCCAGCACCGAGGACAUGCGGUUCAUGCAGCAACUAGCGGGUUAUAUCGCCCAGCGAUCGGCUUCCAUCGUCGCUGCCUCGGUGUUUGCGUUGUGGGAGCUCAAGAAUGAGGCUGAACAAACCUUUUUGGACGAACUGGAGCCCGAGUCACCAUUCAGCGAGGAAACAGCGGUAGAGUUAAUGAUGGAGCGAACCACGGUAGGGUAUACCGGAUCGGUUUUGACAUGUUUUCCGGGUUACAAGGAGACAUUGCAAAAGUAUUUGGACCAGCUGAUGAUGUCUUCGGGGCACAACUUGAAGGAGCGGAGGAUAGAUUUGGUUGAGGCAAAGGAGAGUUCACUGCUUGGGGCGGCCGUGUCGUUGGCGGGUGUUGUGGAGGAGGAGAGGAUGGGGUUGAAUGAGAAGAAGGACAUGGCGUACUAAGAUUUGCGUGGCAUUAUGGAUAACAAUAAUAAUGAUAAUGAUCAUAUUCACGCG